AUGCUGAAAGGUGCAGACGACGUUGUUAUGGAUCAGGAGAACUCCGCUUCCCAAAAUGGAGAAAUGGCAAGUUGGGAUAUCAAUGACAUCAAACUUCCCCAGGACGUGAAACAGACGGACUGGUUUCAAGAAUGGCCAGACUCCUACGUAAAACAUAUCUACAGCUCUGAAGAUAAAAACGCUCAGCGGCACCAUAGUAGUUGGGCAAUGAGAAACACCAACAACCAUAAUUCUCGCAUCUUAAAAAAGUCCUGCCUUGGGGUGGUGGUCUGUGGCAAUGACUGCUCAACUCUGGAUGGAAGGAAGAUCUAUCUAAGACCAGCCAUAUGUGACAAAGCUCGGCAAAAACAGCAGAGGAAAUGUUGCCCAAACUGCAAUGGACCCCUAAGGCUCAUUUCCUGCAGAGGCCAUGGUGGAUACCCAGUUACCAACUUCUGGAGGCAUGAAGGCCAAUUCAUAUUCUUUCAGUCCAAAGGUGCUCAUGAUCAUCCUCGACCGGAAACAAAACUGGAAGCAGAAGCAAGAAGGACAAUCCAAAAAGCACAGACAGCUUUCUCUCCUCACUGUCCAAGAUUUAAAAGAAUCCAGGAGAUUGAGUCCCUGGCAGGUGAGGCGCAGACCCACGAAUCUCCGCCUUUGCUCCUUUCCCAGCCGGCAGCCCACGUUACGCCCGCUCACUUCAGCCAGCUCUCAGGCAAGACCCCCCCGGAGCAGGCGCUCCGCGGCGCUGCGGGGCAGCCGCCGUUCCUGGGGGCAGCUGCCGGGGGCGCAGGCCUGAGCCCGCGCUGCGACAAGCCGGGAGCCUCCUCGGCUUGCGGCCCCUCCGGCGGCUUCGGUGAGCCGCCGCGCUGGGACAAGAGGCCGCCGGCCGCCCGCCGGGGCUGCCGCGGCCCCGCGCUCGCCCCGGCCCACCUGCCCGGCCAGCCCCUCUGCGCCGGCGGCCGGCCUGCUCCCGGCGCGCCGCCCGCGCCCGAGGCCGGCUAUGAGCCCUUCGGGCCCAACGCCGGCCUCGCUGGAGACGCGUCCUACGCGGCGAAGCCCCCCGGGGCCGGCAGCGCCGGCUGCCUCCCCUCCUCGCUCUACCUCCUGGCGCAGCAGGAGCCCUUCCUCGUCCCAGGCGGCGCCCAUCACCACCGCCACCACUUGGCACCUCCAAAGGCAAGCGGACGGGACCUGGAAGACGAGUGGCGAGGUCUGAACCUGGACUACUGCAGCAGUGAGAUGUUUUUUAGUAUGUACCCUUUACGGUGA